UCGUGCCGGACAUGUAUUUUUCGUUGUGACAAAUAUUAUUAGGAAAGCUGUGCAAGUCACAGGACGAGGUAGCUGGACCGAAGAAGCUGUCCCUGUUCACCGGCGCAGUGGUAUGCUCCGGUGAGCGCUCAUCAUGGCCGCUGCCGGACUCUGAGCCGAUUAGCCUUUUCAAACGAGACUUACAAAACGAUAAACAUGGCCGCCAAGACUAGCGAGGGAGAAACGGUCAAAGACUGUCGGGGGUCCGACGAAAGAGAGCGCACGUCAACGACUGAGUACUGCCAGCGGCUGCAGCGGUGGAUGUGGCGCUACUACAGCGGCCAUGUGAGCUGGCAGAGCUGGGUGCUGCUGUCCGCGCCGCUCUUUCCUCCGCCCGCCGACACCGCCGCCCGGUAUCACCGGCCGAGCAGCCCGGCAGCCCCCGAGAGAGCCCCAGCACAGCCGGCAGGUAGAGAGUACACCAUCCCCUCCCCGCUGCGCAGAUUUCUGGCCGAAACUGUGGACUUCUUCAUCCUCUUUUGUGUUAAGGCGACCGUAGUGUUGUGGAUCAUGCACCUCAGUGGAAUGAGAGAUAUUUCCAAAUUCAUGAUGCAGUUUAUCGUGGAGGAGAUUGAUGAGAACACAUCCCUGGAGGACCUGCAGAAGAUGAUGGUCGUGGCUUUAGCGUACAGGGUCCUAGUGUGUGUCUAUGAAAUCAUCUGUAUUUGGGGAGCUGGAGGUGCCACUCCGGGAAAGUUCCUGCUGGGGCUCCGCGUGGUCAGAUGUGACACGACCGUCCUGGUGCAGCCCAAUCGGGUUUUGGUGGUACCAGCGUCCAGUGUCAACCUGUCUGCCUCCACAGUACGGGCUUUAAACAAAAACUUCUCCAUCGCCUUCCUGUUUCCAAUCUUUAUCACGUUACUCUUUUUCCAGCACAACAGAACUGUUUAUGAUGUUGUGGCUGGAACCAUCGUGGUUCGGAGGAGAAGAGCCAGAUGACCGGUCUGAGCCCCCAUCGAGCAUCAAGCGCUCACAAAUGUUCUCGGCCGUCUUUCCGAAUAGUAUCCAUAUAGUAUUUCCUGCAGAUUUGCACUAAUGAUCCAUGCACAAAGUCUGAUCACAUAGCCAUUGUUUACAGUACUGAGAAAUACAUGCUUUCGUCGAAACCUCACUGAUCCCUCAACAGACAGUAUUUCAUGUUGAAUGAUGAGUGAUAUCAAGCUCGAGACACGUGUUUUACGUAGACAUGCUUGGAAAUUUAAUCCGAGUGGAAUGUUUCACUCUAAACACCAGCUUAAUGCACGAGGUUUUCAUAAGUUCUCCUCAGAUUCGAGCUUUACGGCCCAGACGAGUCUGUUAUUAAUCUUACUGAAGGCAGGGAAGUGAGCGGAUCCUUCCACACAUGCACACAGAUGUCCGGAAUGUUCCGUUUCUGUUCUCAAUUCAGUCAGGGGCUGAUACGCCUCACUACAUUUCUCAGGGCUUCUUAUAAACCUGUCUUAUGUGGCAGAUGUUUCGCUUCCGGUCUUUGAUAUGUAAAGUGUUAAGUAUCGUCUUUUCAAAUUCCCAGAAUUCGGCAUGCCAGACGCAUCAGCUCUCCUGAUUUAUCAUUGUGCGUGGCUCAUAAAAAUGCAUUCAAAUUAUUUAAGACGAGGUUUGAGGUUUGAUCACUUCCUUAUGCAUUUUAUGCAUACAUAAUGUUAAAACCAACUGGCAUGUGACUAAAUUAAAUCAACCUCUCUGGGAUACAUUAUCUUUCUCAUGUCAUAACUAGUGUUUAGAUACUAUAUAUUUCAUUAAUAUUUUUAUAUUAAUAUUUUUAUUAAUCAUUUGAGUUUGUCAUUUUAUUUAAUUUUGACAUUGUAUUAAUUGUUUGUUUAUUUAUUUAUUUAUUUAAUUAUUUUUUAUAUUUAAUUAAUUAUUAUAUUUUAAUGCAUCAAGUUAAACAAACUUACUUUGCCUUGGCAGGUAGCUAUCAUAAAGUUAACUUUCUCUUUAAUUCAGGUAAUUAAAAAGUGUUUUUGUUUGUUUGAAAUGUUUUAGUUAACUGUAAUAAGAAUGCUAAAAUAGAAUGAGUAUGCAUCUACGCUCAAUUAAAAAAGGAAAAACUUCCUGAUAACCACUAGGUGGUGAUAUCUGUUCGUAGACACGAGCUUGAGCGCUGACUUGACAAUCACAGUGGUGAGUUCUUCGAAAUGCAAAGCAAAUGUCCUUUGGCAUGGUUCAGUUACACAGUCACGUUCCGUAGAUAGUGACAGUCCGCACGUUCUCACGAGCGCAGAACCUUUCCUAACCCAUCACGUGCAAUCAGGCAACAAAACUGCAAAAGUGAAACGUUCUGGUAUAAAUGAGUCACCAUUGAUUUAGACCUUUGAAAUAAAUAUUACAUCCAUAACCGUAA